GUGAGCUGUGAUUGGUCACAGCUUGUCACAUGGUACAAGGCUGUUGUGAAUAGCCCUGUACCAUGUGACCUCUGUGAUCAUUCACAGAUUUCACACGUAGUAAGCAAUGUUAUCAGAAGUGACGUUUUGCUUACUACUCUGCAUGUGAUCACUGAUUGGCCAAUCAGUGAUCACAUGAUCGGGACCUCGCACAGAGGUCCCGUUCGACGAUCGGUGUUCCACUGUCUCCGGACGACACAGCGGGCACCGGAUCGCGGUGCUGUGUGCUCCCAGGGAGCGCGCACAAGCAGGGUUCGGGGA